AUGUGUUCGAUAACAUCGGUUGGCAAUGGCGCGGCACUACCACCCUCAAGCGGCGCCGCAGACCCAAAUGCCGCCGCAAGGCAGUACGCCCAGACCAUCUCAGAGGAUAGUCUCUACCAGCAGGCGAAGACGCUUUAUGCACCAUUCCUUGCCUACCCGCCCAGCCGUCCCGUGGUUUUCGUCAAGUUUGGUGGCCCCGAGAAGCAGGCCGAGGGAGACAUGCAAAGGCUCGCCUUUGACUGGCUGCGCCAAGAACGGCAGAGGAACCCGAGCUGCCACAUCCACGUUCCCGAGGUCUUCCGGAUCUUCACCAAAGGCGGGUUGACCUUCAUAAUCAUGCAGCUUGUCGAAGCACUACCGGUCCAGCAGUUUGCCAAGAAGUUCGACGUUCGCACAUGGGAUCACAACAACUCCGUCUACUACGGCAUGAUUGCCGACGGAAUUUAUUUACUGAGCCGCAUGCCUGUCCCGGCCGGCGCGACCCCGGGCCCGUUCACGCACGGGGAACGCCGCAUCAAGCACCUGCUCUUCAAGGAUCAGACAGCCCCGGUCGUGUACCCCAACAUCCAGGAGUUGCAAGACCACCUGAAUAGGGUUGCGGAACGCGGAUACCGCAACGAUCCUCGCAAGCCACAGGUCGCUCUCGAGAGACAGCUUGUUUUCUCCUACACGGAUUUCAAUGACGAGAACUUCAUGUUUACCACCGACCCCGACGGCCGCCCUCGCCUCUACAUUGUUGACUUUGAACAUGCCUCGUUUUUGCCGCUCAGCUUUCUCGCCUUCGCCGUGUUGGAUCCCGACAGCCGCUGGUUUCUAUGCUCUUGGGUAGCGCGUAGGUUUGGCGACUCCCUUCCGCGGAACAAUAUUGAGGUGAUGAAGAGAAUAUGUUACAUGUUUCAAGUGAGCUCAACAAAUAUUGGACUGAGGAAGAAAUAGUUGGCGUCCCCGUUGCAUGAUCGGUUAUCUUGCGUAGUUGACGGUGGGGAAAAGGGGCAAAGGGAGACGUACCGGACGGAGCUGCUGGACAGUCUGGACUGAAUUAUCAUCGAGACGACCGAGAAGCAUCUCUUAACUCGGCGGGUGUACCUUUUAAGGGUAGGAUCACAGGCUGUAGGAGUUCUGGUUUAGAAGGGCGGGACUUGGCUGUCUGUCGUUUCCGAUUUUUCGUGCCCAUAAGGCUUCAACCACCAUUGGGCAUUUUCCAGGGGUGAUUUCUAUCAAUUCUGUCAGUUCGCCGCUCGCGCGGGUCGCCUUGUUUGUCACCGAGCCCUUCUGCGACUGGAAUGAGGAAAAGAGCCUCUCCAACAGUAUAAGUAAUCACAGCUGCUCUCUCG